CCAUGCCCGAGUUCAAGUUCGUGGUAUCAGACAGAGCUACUCAGCGACCAUCAGCAGCCGUCAGAAGUCAUGCCGUAAAGAGUGGUCUCGAACGCAAGAACCGGGCGGAGGUUGCAAGCGGGUCCAGGGACUCUCAACUUACCAUCCGACAGAGGGAUUCGCUCAAAGGGCGGUUCAAGCUCACAGAUGCGACAUUCAAGCCCAGGAAGACGGCUAAAGUGGGUGUCAAGAGUGGUGAUAUUGCCACAUCGCAAGCACCAAGGGCAAAGGACGGUGUGAUUUCGCGAGAUGGCAUGGUACUUGAUGCAAGAUAUGCCAAUCCUUCGCUUUCAAGUGCACAGAUGCAGCUCGUCAAAUCGCCCAGUCAAGGAAGAAGUGAUCCGUUUGGCACCUUUCCAGUCCCCCUAACUGGAGAUGUCGAGAAGUUGGCCAAGUUCUUUGUUUCUCGCUUCAAUCUUCCCGUGCCCAUCGCGGCUAUUCAGAAGCAGUGGUGGGAUUACGCUCUUUCCGAUGCUCUCGUCAUGCACUCGACAUUGGGCCUGGCGGCGGCAACAUGGUCUACGCUUGUUCCCAGCACAAAGAGAAUCGCCCAGGAGGGAUAUAGGCAAAAGGGUCUUGCUCUCCAGGGAGUCCAGGAGAGACUCGGUAAAGGCAACACUGCGAUGGCUUUGGUCGCGGUCAUAGCUAACCUCGCCAAUACUGAGGGGGUCGAGGGCAAUUUCGCUGUUGCUCGUGUCCAUCUUCAAGGGCUGGACCUGCUCGUCAGGGCGUGGGCCGGCGGAUAUGACGAGAUCAAGAGUAAUGUCAACGUGGCGAGAACAGUGAACUGGUCGGAUAUUCAAGCAGCAAACGGGUUGGGGUUGAGGCCAUUGCUUCCACUGGUCAUGCCUCUCGAAUCUGUUUUACUGCCACUCAGUGUCCUGACUGCUGCGGAACAACCAAGUCUGUCCCAUUUGCAGGCAUUCGAAAGGAACUCUGACGACGCAACUGUUAGGUUCUGCUUUUCGCUCGUACGGCAAGGCCAAUACUCGUUGGCGAGCGACGAGGUUCCACCGUAUGAUUUCCGCAUCAUCAUCAAUGCCUUCGACCACUUCCUUGCCGACGCAUUAGGAGGCAACACUCUGUCGGACUUGGGACGGGUUAUCGUGACAGCAGCACAGGUAACAUACUACGCCAUCGUCCGAGGAGUCCCCCCUACUGCUCUUCUCCCCCGUAUCAUCGUCCGAAGACUGCGGAAGCAACUGGACAUUGCGAUUCCCAUGUUUGCAAGCCGCUCAGAGUUUCAACAUGGACUUCUCUGGUGUCUUGUGGUAGGAUCAGCCGCCGCCUACGAGACGGGCGAAGACUGGGAUACCUUUUCCAAAGAUUUAUCAGCAACACUCACGGCUGGGAAUAUCGAAGGACCUCGAGAAUUUGAGGCGAUUAUGAAACGUUUCGUGUGGCAUCAGAAGUUCCCUGGAAACUUUCUGGAUAAUCAUGCUUCAUCCUUAUUUCCUCGAAGUUUGAUGCACUGAGUAACGCUGAGACAGCUCAUGCUCUGUUGCUCAUUAGUUUAGGUGAUACCGUAACCUACAUAUCAUCUGAAUUACAACCAGCGUUUCUCCAUGCAACAAAAACGAAGCAGAUGAUUGAGCCGAGAAGCAGGAACACACAAAAUCGAGGCCUAAAAUAAUCGGGCAUGUGAGUCUUCCUUGUGUAUAGUAGGAAGUAAUGCAUUGUAAAUUUCU